GUUACUCAAAAAUGGCACCGAAAACUAGUGGAAAGGCGGCGAAGAAGUCCGGCAAGGCGCAGAAGAACAUCUCCAAGUCGGACAAGAAGAAGAAGCGCAAGACCCGCAAGGAAAGCUACGCCAUUUACAUCUACAAGGUGCUGAAGCAGGUCCAUCCCGAUACCGGCAUUUCGUCGAAAGCGAUGAGCAUCAUGAACAGCUUUGUGAACGAUAUCUUCGAGCGGAUUGCGGCGGAAGCGUCCCGGCUGGCACACUACAACAAACGCUCCACGAUCACGUCCCGCGAGAUCCAGACGGCGGUGCGCCUGCUGUUGCCGGGCGAGCUGGCCAAGCACGCCGUGUCCGAGGGAACGAAGGCCGUGACGAAGUACACCAGCUCGAAGUAA